AUGGAAAAGCAAACUGCAGACAAUGUUCAGAUCCAUGAAAAAUAUUGCAGUGGAGAGAAAUCCUAUGUAUGUCAGCAAUGUGGAAAAGGAUUCAACAAAUCUGGACAUUGUAAGCAACAUAACAUAAUUCACACUGGAGAGAAACCCUAUGUAUGUAAGAAAUGUGGGAAGGCUUUUAACACAUGGGGAUAUUUUAGGAAACAUGAAAGAAUUCACACUGGAGAGAAACCCUAUGUAUGUAAGCAGUGUGGCAAAGCUUUUAACACACGGGGAGAUUGUAAGAAACAUGAAAGAAUUCACACUGGAGAGAAACCCUAUGUAUGUAAGCAAUGUGGGAAAGCUUUUAUCACACAUGGACAUUGUAAGAAACAUGAAAGAAUUCACACUGGAGUGAAACCCUAUGUAUGUAAGCAAUGUGGCAAAGCUUUUAACACACGGGGAGAUUGUAAGAGACAUGAAAGAAUUCACACUGGAGAGAAACCCUAUGUAUGUAAGCAAUGUGGCAAAGCUUUUAACACACGGGGAGAUUGUAAGAAACAUGAAAGAAUUCACACUGGAGAGAAACCCUAUGUAUGUAAGCAAUGUGGCAAAGCUUUUAACACACGGGGAGAUUGUAAGAAACAUGAAAGAAUUCACACUGGAGAGAAACCCUAUGUAUGUAAGCAAUGUGGCAAAGCUUUUAACACACGGGGAGAUUGUAAGAAACAUGAAAGAAUUCACACUGGAGAGAAACCCUAUGUAUGUAAGCAAUGUGGGAAAGCUUUUAUCACACAUGGACAUUGUAAGGCACAUGAAAUAAUUCACACUGGAGUGAAACCCUAUGUAUGUAAGCAAUGUGGGAAAACUUUUAACACACGUGCAUAUUGUAAGGUUCAUGAAAGAAUUCACACUGGAGAGAAACCCUAUGUAUGUAAGCAAUGUGGGAAAGAUUUUAACACACAUGGACAGUGUAAGGAACAUGAAAGAAUCCACACUGGUGAGAAACCCUAUGUAUGUAAGCAAUGUGGGAAAGCUUUUAACACACGGGGAAAUUGUAAGAAACAUGAAAGAAUUCACACUAGAGAGAAACCCUAUGUAUGUAAGCAAUAUGGGAAAGCUUUUAUCACACAUGGACAUUGUAAGCAACAUGAAAGAAUUCACACUGGAGAGAAACCCUAUGUAUGUAAGCAAUGUGGGAAAGAUUUUAACACACAUGGACAGUGUAAGGAACAUGAAAGAAUCCACACUGGUGAGAAACCCUAUGUAUGUAAGCAAUGUGGGAAAGCUUUUAACACACGGGGAAAUUGUAAGAAACAUGAAAGAAUUCACACUAGAGAGAAACCCUAUGUAUGUAAGCAAUGUGGGAAAGCUUUUACCCAACAUGGACAUUGUAAGCAACAUGAAAGUUCAUAUUCAAGAUAAAACCAGUGUAUAUAAGCAUCAUGAGAAUUUUUUGACCACAAUUACAUAUUGCAUAAUGCAUGAAAAACUUCACACUGGGCAGAAAACUUAUAUAUCUAAGGAAUGUGGGAAAGGUUUCAGCAGAAAUGCUCAUUGUCCAAUACAUGAAAAAAUUUACACUGUUGAGAAACCCUGUUUAUGUGAAGAAUGUGAGAAAGCUUUAACCACACAUGGAAUUUGUAAAAUACAUCAAUGACUCCACACUGGUCGAGAAACCCUCUGCAUAUAACAAUGUGGCAAAGCUUUUACCACAUACAGUCAUUGCAAAACAGAUGAAACAAUUCAAACUGGGAUUAAUCACUCGCUACAUAAGCAAGUGGAGACACUUUCAGCAUCCAAAUUGUAAGUGAAAUACAUGAAGAAACUCACACAAGAGAUAAAUCCUAUGUGUUAUGGGAAUACGCUCAGCACACAUGAUCAUUGUUACAUAUCUGAAAGAGCUCACUGGAUCCUAUGUGUAUUAACAAUGUGGAACAUAUGGCAAUCCAUGUUUGUUGUUAAAUACAUAGAAAAAGCAGCACUCUUCAGAUAGUUUAGAUCUAAGUUUGUUUUAAAAAUUCCAAGUAGACCUGAAGAAAUAAUCGAUACAGAAGUUUGAUGUCAAUAUUUCUUCACGAAUUUUCCAGAAAUGACAAAUGUGAAGUGGAGCUCUAUUCAAGUACACAUUUUGUAUGGGUUUCAGUUAAUCACUUAUACCUCUUUAGAUUUUUUAAUGUGUCUUUGUGCUUCAACAUGGCAUCUUGUAAUUAAACAUGGUAAACUGAAAUGGGCUUUUCACUUUCAAGUAUGGAUAGUGUCUAUGUACUUAACAUUUUGUUUUUAAAACUUAAUUUUCAUAUUUUUGGUGAAUUUUUAUUUAAAGAAAAAAACCAAAAAGUGUAGAAAUAAUACAAAAUUUCUGAAAAAUAAACAAUAAGAAAUCACUAGUUGAUUAACUACAUAUUGUCAUCUUAGAGGUAAUUGUUCAAGUUACAAAAUUAAAGCAUACAAAGUGAUAUUCAAAUAACG